AUGAAGCACCGUCGCCGUCCUUCUGUCCGCAGCGGCAGUCCACGCCAUCCCCUCAGGCCCGCCAGUUCUCCCAUCCUCCACCUGGAGAACGGAGCCGCCGAGAUCGUCAGCGGCCUCGGCAGGACGCCAAGAGGCCUCGGCGACAAGAAGAUCGAUCACACCCUGGGUAUUGGCGAGUCCCACUUGGAGUAUGUUCAAUCCGGCCACAUCAAGAAUCUCAAAAGCGUCAUUUCGGAGAUCCGGGCUGCCGAGGAGCAGAUGCAAGCCGGCGCCAAAACCGCUUACCAGAAGCGCGACUUAUUGAAGUGGAUCAAGGGUCGGGCUGCCGAGUGGGGCAUCUCCGAGGACGAGCUCGACGAAUACGUCCUUGAUACGCCUCUUGACAAGCGUGCUUGGAAGUGCAUUGCCAAGAUGGUUGAUGUUGAUUGA